UAAACUAAAGCCAUAUGCAAAAUUUGAAGAAAUUUCACCGUUCAGUUUUUGAUUUUUUUCAGUUUGAAUAUUAACAUUUAUAGAGCGCGCGCGAUCAAGAAAAACUGUUGCGAGCCUCCUUAACUGACAAUUGGCCAAAAAAUAGUAGUUUACUGACAAAUAACCUAAAAUUACUAGUUAACAUUUAACUGAUAAUAAAUUAAUACUAUGGCCAGCGCUCGUAAAAUUGUUACAGUUAACUGACAUUCGAUCGAAAAACUUUCUGCGGUGAACAACCACUUCGGAGAAAACAUUUUUUCAAUAAUAUAUUUUACAAUGAAAUUAAGAAGGAGCAGGUUUAUUCUCACUUUUUCUUCCCACCAUUUUCAUUUCAUUUCUCGUUAUUGUUUUCUCUCACGUCGAAUGAGAUUCUAUUCCCUGACUAUUCACAAAAUUCACUGAAUUAACUCUACUGAAAUCCUAUGAAGGGUUAACUCAAAAUUGAUUAAUUAUAAACUGGCGAAAAUUUCAAAUGUUAAUUUAAAGAGUAAAACAUUUAAAGGCCUGUGAAAUUCUUUUUCUUUUUUUAAAUUAACUCCGCCCUUUUGUGCAAAGGAGAGAAAUUAGUUGGAAUGUAACUGAUGAAAUAGAUGAAAACGAAAACUAAAUAAAAUGAAUUACAGGGGAACUGCACACGGCUUCCGCCAGUAUAACACUGCGGGCCCUUUAAUGAUACCUAUUCAUUUGUCUCUCACGAUUGAGGGUCAUUUGUAGCUUCGACUACAAGCCGCUAUAGUCUUCAUCAGGCAAUGGUGUAGACUGGAUGGUUAUAUGAAAUUCAGUUACAUACACCAUCGCCUGAUGAAGACUAGCAGCUUGCAGUGAAAACGAUGCAAGAUAAAUAAUGUUUUUCAUUCUAUUCAAAUUCGUGUAGUUUGGUGUUGUCAUAGCAACAGUAACGAAGGGUGUUACUUGUCAUUAACUGAGGAAAUUAAAACAAAAUAUAUUUUCAAACUUUUAUAUUUUAUAAAUUUGAGUAUUGUUCAAAAAUAAAAGGAAGCGGACAUCUUUUUCAAAACAAGAGAAUGAACAGCUUAAAAGAACUGUACAAACGCUGCCACAAAGCCAUUUGCUGGUGUCAGUCAGUACAGCAAGAUUAACCGUAGUCUUCACUGAGUUCUGGAGUAAAGAAUACGUGAAAAUUAAGGUGGCUAGUUCGAGGCUAGGCCGACAUGCGUUGCAAAAUUUACGGGUUAUAUUUUUUGAUUGCUUCGUUUUUUCUAAUCAUUGGUUUGUGUCUUGUAAUCGUUGGAGUCGUCAUCGGAUUGGGUAUCACAAGCAGCGUUGAAAAAGGCCUACAGGAUCGCUACUGUAUCGACAGUAAAGACCAUCCCGAUUACAGCAAAUGGGCCAACCCUCCUCCUUACGAAACACUGCUUUACUUCUGGGAGGUCUUGAACGGAGAUGACAUGUUGUAUAAUAGGAAAAUCCCAAAGGUAGCUGAAAGGGGACCGUACGUUUACAAAACCACCGUCAAGAAAAUCGAUGUUGUGUUUGACAAGCAAGGCCGCGUUACGUACAAAGAAUUCAUACGACAAGAAUUUGACAAGGACGCUACAAAACGGAGAUGUCCUAUGUGCAACGAGGAUGACAAGUUGACAGUUGUGAACAAAAAAAUUUUCGAACUGUUACUCACCAUGCAAUGGGACACAAGAAUAGCAUCAUUUUUCCUCCCAGGAGUUCUCCAGCGAUUUCUUUUAGAGAUGGACAAGAAGACAGGACGCAAUGCUACUUACGCCCAGAUAGGUCGCUUUCAGCCCUCUCCCAUGCCUUCAACCCAUCCUUUAUAUUCGUAUGAGGUUGGACAAUACAUCGYGAAGAACAUAGCAAUAGACCCGAAACUUCAAGGCACUGUGAUCCAAAGAGGCAGAGACUACAACGAGACCGAAAUGCGAGGUUUAUACGAAGCGUUCAUAGACCCGCAAUUCUUCUCUUGGGCUGACGGUAAUAACUUCUUUAUUUGCUAUAAUAACUUUAGAACUUCUAAAUGUGGAAUUUCAAUCUACAUGUAUCACUACACAAGACUAUUCUUACUAAAACAAGGAGGCAACGUCUCGCCAGAGGAUGUCCAAACAAUAGACAGUGAUAUUAAAGAACUCUUUUCGCUAAUGGCGAAUGUUUUAUGCCCGAGCAAGACCCAGUGUUUUCCCCUCGAUUCAAAUGGUAUUGAUGUCCUCUCUUUCUUCUUUGGGGAAUCUGUCCUGCCUUUGGUCAUGUCCGACGCCGUAGAAAAGAGCUUUGUUUUCACCAAACGAAGCCAGAAAGAACUCGCCCUUGGCUAUACUGACCCUUACUAUCCUAUCUUUCCUAAUUCCCCCGAUGGAAUAGCUGUCUUGGGGUAUUUGGUUCAUGACGUUGACGUAAAUGCUACCCGGGAAAGAGGAGAAACGAAAUCCUUUUACACUUGCUCAACCAGCAAAGACAAGUCAUUUACCUGGGCUGAGUACCGUGGCCAUACUGGAGUCUUUCGGGCGGGUGUUGAAACUCCAUUUAAAACAAUAAAAAGCUACGACAAACAGCUUCCACCAGCUGCCAAAAUAUCUCUUUGCCAGAACGACUUCAUCCAAACAAACCAAAAAACCUUAAAACUGUUCCUUCCAGAAUUAUACCAAGUCAACGAUCUGUAUUUUGCUGGCAUGAGCGUCAAUUCCGGUAAUUCAGUUCCAAGUAUGACGUUCAACCUCGACAAGACUGACCUAGCUAAUGUUACCUUCAAUGGGACUAUUCUUGGUGACCAUGCGAGAGUCAAAGAUGUGACCUUGAUAAAUGGUUUUGCAAGUGUCACUAGUCUACCUUACUUCGUUGACUCUCGAAGGAAUUUUAGAAGAAGGCACAACAUCUCGGAUCCUGAUAUCGAGAGCUCUCGUUGUCAUGUUGGCUUCGAUCCCCUGACAGGCCAAAUCGUUGCAGCCAAAAUACGAUCACAAGUUAGUGUCGCUUUGACUAAAACGAAUAUCCUAGAUUCUUUUGAUAAACGCACCAGGAAGAUAAACAUUGGGUACACAAAUCCUUCAUGGCCAGGCGGAUUUAAGUACAUACCUAUGUACUGGACUGAGAAGAGCUGGACAGUUGAGCAAGGUGAAAUUGAAAAGUUUUACCAGAGCUUGCAAAUGGCUUGUGAAAUAACAGUGUAUCUGUCUUCCACUAGUGGCGUCUUCAUCUUGGCCUCCGUAAUCAUGUUUAUUGCAUUUGCAAUAACAAAACGCGCUAAUUCUGUUGCAGUGAUUCAUUCCCCAUCAACAGAAAAUUAGCUCGAUAAAAGCCUCCUUGAACAAAAGGGAAGCGAAAAUAUGUUGUUGUUUUACAGUCAAACUACCUCAAGCAUGAACACGGAGAGAUCAUUAAUGACUUUAUUUUUGGAUUCUUGAUUUCAUUAUUCUAUUCGAACAUUCAUUAUUGAAAACCAAUCUUCAAAGCCUGGCAUAUACAAAAGCCAAGCAUAUAUGCAACUGAAAUGCAAAAACAAUUUUUUGUGCAAGGAAUAUGUAAUAAUAAUAAUGACUUAUCUUCUGUUUGCRCUAUAAAUAAGAGCCUACAAGCCAAG